AUGGCCGACAUCACUGCCGUCGGUGAGGAGAACCCUUCUCCUACCCAGGAUGACCUGCAGCAGGCCGCCGGUAACGGCGCCGCUGACAACCGCGGCACCAAGCGUUCUCGUAUGAGCGCCGACGACGACGACGAUGAUGAUGAUAAGCCCGGUCGCGAGCGCAGAAAGAUUGAAAUCAAGUUCAUUCAGGAUAAGUCGCGUCGCCACAUCACCUUCUCCAAGCGGAAGGCGGGUAUCAUGAAGAAGGCAUACGAGCUGUCGGUCCUCACGGGUACCCAAGUGCUAUUGCUGGUCGUGUCUGAGACGGGUCUCGUCUAUACUUUCACCACCCCCAAGCUUCAGCCAUUGGUGACGAAGGCGGAGGGCAAGAACCUCAUCCAGGCCUGUCUCAAUGCCCCCGAUCCUACCACCAAUGAGAACGGUGUCGAGGCCGGUGAUGUGCCCACAGAGACACCAGAGGACGUCGCCGCCCACACCAAUGUCAAUGCCCAGCAGCAGAACAUCCCUCGCCCCGCGGGCAUGCACCCAGGUUACAUGACCAACGAACAGCAGCAGCAGAUGGCCUACUACCAAAACCUUCAGCAGCAACAGCAAGCUGGUGGGCAGUAUCCCGGAAUGCCCGUGGGCAACCGGAUGCCGCCCCAGCAUCAACCCACUGCAUAA